GACUGUGGGGAGGGUACGCUUCCCGCGGGCGCGCGGAGUGAGGACGGUGACAGCCACGCGCGCGCAUACGCGCCCGACUGCAGCGCGGCCCCGCGACCCUAGUCGGCAGCUGAGAGGCGCGCAGAAUCUGGGCCGCUGCCGUCUAGGGUUCCCGUCCCGAGGCGUCCCCGGCAUCUCCGGCCUGAAUCCCGGAGUGCCAGGUCGCGCCUGCACCGACGGUCCCGGCUCCCGUGCCCUCCCAGGAGCCGUCAGGGCCCGCCCCUCAACUCCCCUUUCCGCCCGGGCAGGGUCCUCGCGGCCCAUGCUGGCCGCUGGGGACCCGCGCAGCCCAGACCGUUCCCGGGCCGGCCAGCCGGCCACCAUGGUGGCCCUGAGGCCUGUGCAGCAACUCCAGGGGGGCUAAAGGGCUCAGAGUGCAGGCCUUGGGGCGCGAGGGUCCCGGGCCUGAGCCCCGAGCCAUGGCUGGGGCCAUCGCUUCCCGCAUGAGCUUCAGCUCUCUCAAGAGGAAGCAACCCAAGACGUUCACCGUGCGGAUCGUCACUAUGGACGCCGAGAUGGAGUUCAAUUGCGAGAUGAAGUGGAAAGGGAAGGACCUCUUUGAUUUGGUGUGCCGGACUCUGGGGCUCCGAGAAACCUGGUUCUUUGGACUGCAGUACACAAUCAAGGACACAGUGGCCUGGCUCAAAAUGGACAAGAAGGUACUGGAUCAUGAUGUUUCAAAGGAAGAACCAGUCACCUUUCACUUCCUGGCCAAAUUUUAUCCUGAGAAUGCCGAAGAGGAGCUGGUUCAGGAGAUCACACAACAUUUAUUCUUCUUGCAGGUAAAGAAGCAGAUUUUAGAUGAAAAGAUCUACUGCCCUCCCGAGGCUUCUGUGCUCCUGGCUUCUUACGCCGUCCAGGCCAAGUAUGGCGACUACGACCCCAGUGUUCACAAGCGGGGAUUUUUGGCCCAAGAGGAAUUGCUUCCAAAAAGGGUAAUAAAUCUGUAUCAGAUGACUCCGGAAAUGUGGGAGGAGAGAAUUACUGCCUGGUACGCAGAGCACCGAGGCCGAGCCAGGGAUGAAGCCGAAAUGGAAUAUCUGAAGAUAGCUCAGGACCUGGAGAUGUAUGGUGUGAACUACUUUGCAAUCCGGAAUAAAAAGGGCACAGAGCUGCUGCUUGGAGUGGAUGCCCUGGGGCUUCACAUCUAUGACCCUGAGAACAGACUGACCCCCAAGAUCUCCUUCCCAUGGAAUGAAAUCCGAAACAUUUCGUACAGUGACAAGGAGUUUACUAUUAAACCACUGGAUAAGAAAAUUGAUGUCUUCAAGUUUAACUCCUCAAAGCUUCGUGUUAAUAAGCUGAUUCUCCAGCUAUGUAUCGGGAACCAUGAUCUAUUUAUGAGGAGGAGGAAAGCCGAUUCUUUGGAAGUUCAGCAGAUGAAAGCCCAGGCCAGGGAGGAGAAGGCUAGAAAGCAGAUGGAGCGGCAGCGCCUCGCUCGAGAGAAGCAGAUGAGGGAGGAGGCUGAACGCACGAGGGAUGAGUUGGAGAGGAGGCUGCUGCAGAUGAAAGAAGAAGCAACAAUGGCCAACGAAGCACUGAUGCGGUCUGAGGAGACAGCCGACCUUUUGGCUGAAAAGGCCCAGAUCACUGAGGAGGAGGCAAAACUUCUGGCCCAGAAGGCCGCAGAGGCUGAGCAGGAAAUGCAACGCAUCAAGGCCACAGCCAUUCGCACGGAGGAGGAGAAGCGCCUGAUGGAGCAGAAGGUGCUGGAAGCCGAGGUGCUGGCACUGAAGAUGGCUGAGGAGUCAGAGAGGAGGGCCAAAGAGGCAGAUCAGCUGAAGCAGGACCUGCAGGAAGCACGCGAGGCAGAGCGAAGAGCCAAGCAGAAGCUCCUGGAGAUUGCCACCAAGCCCACGUACCCGCCCAUGAACCCAAUUCCAGCACCGUUGCCUCCUGACAUACCAAGCUUCAACCUCAUUGGUGACAGCCUGUCUUUCGACUUCAAGGAUACUGACAUGAAGCGACUUUCCAUGGAGAUAGAGAAAGAAAAAGUGGAAUACAUGGAAAAGAGCAAGCAUCUGCAGGAGCAGCUCAAUGAACUCAAGACAGAAAUCGAGGCCUUGAAACUGAAAGAGAGGGAGACGGCUCUGGAUAUUCUGCACAAUGAGAACUCCGACAGGGGUGGCAGCAGCAAGCACAAUACCAUUAAAAAGCCUCAAGCCCAAGGCAGAAGACCUAUCUGCAUUUGAGCCCUCAAACUCACCUUGCAGAGCGCCAAGUCUCGAGUGGCCUUCUUUGAAGAGCUCUAGCAGGUGACCCAGCCACCCCAGGACCUGCCACUUCUCCUGCUCCUGGGACCGCGGGAUGGACCAGAUACCAAGAGAGCCAUCCAUAGGGAGCUGGCUGGGGGUUUCCAUGGGAGCUCCAGAACUUUCCCCAGCUGAGUGAAGAGCCCAGCCCCUCUUAUGUGCAAUUGCCUUGAACUACGACCCUGUAGAGAUUUCUCUCAUGGGAUUCUAGUUCUCUGACCUGAGUCUUUGUUUUAAGAAGUAUUUGUCUUCCUUUGUCUAAUGUGGGAUUCCUGACUCCCUUCGUCCAAGGCACCCUGGUGUGUGUGUGUCUUGCACUCCAGAGCUGACCUCCACUGCUCAGCCUGGGAAGUCAUUGUGGGGAGUGAGAUACUGAAGCCCUGAGAGGCCAGUGCCAGCAUCCCCACCCUGCCCAGGGUUCCGGAACAUUCAUUCCCCCACGGGCAGCGAAGCAGCCCAGCCCAGCGGAUCCCAGGCCCAGCACGCCUGCCGGCUUCUCAUCUUUAGGGAGCCCGCCCAGAGCUCGUGAUGAGCAAGGGCUGGGUCCCCGCCAGGCACCCCGAGGCGGCGCUCUGGCUGGCAGCUGGUGGGGAAUAGGCAGGCAGCUGUGGCUAGGGAGAGACUUUAGGCAGAAGCUGUGAUGCAGGCUGACUGCCAGCCGAGGGGCUGGGUAGUGCCGUGCGGGAGCUGAUGGUACAGGGCACUCUCUGUCCCCCUCCGGCCACACUAGACCAGGGUCCGAGAGGCAGGCAGGAGCCACUCAUGUCUUCCCCAUUGCCCAAAGCCCAUAGACACCCCUGCCUGUAUGGGGCUGGGGCACUCCCUGGUCAUACUGUAGUCAGCACCCGUAACCCGGCUAUGACCAGGGAUCCAUAAGCCCUGUGGCUCUGCAGGUGCUGCUUCUCGAUGACCCAGACUCCGAGCUCCACCGGCCCAGUCUGCACGGCCCCUCUGCUUCACCUUCCCUCCUGGCCACGUGCCAGUGGCCACAGGCCACUUCCCAACCCACUGUUGUACCCAGGCCUCACUUUGUUGUUGCCCUUGUCCCUCUUCGGACCCUGAAUUUUCUAUUCCCUGGGGGCCAGCAAGGGCCAUUUGUGCCCCUCCCAGCACAGGCCUGAUGCAGGUGUCCACCCACAGGUGGCACUCACCUAGGCUGUCACAGGACCCACCUCCAUGCCAGGCAGCAGAGGGCCACAGAACCACCCCACGGCUCACUCCCUGGGCUGGGGCCACCUUCUUGCCCUUUCUUUCUUUCUUUUUUUCUGAGAUGGAGUCUGGCUCUAUCACCCAGGUUGGAGUGUGGUGGCGUAAUCUUGGCUCACUGCAACCUCCACCUCCUGAGUUCAAGCAAUUCUCCUGCCUCAGCCUCCCAAGUAGCUGGGACUACAGGCAUGCACCACCACACUUGGCUAAUGUUUUGUAUUGUUAGUAGAGACGGGGUUUUGCCAUGUUAGCUAGGCUGGUCUCAAAACUCAAACCUGGGCUUACAGGCGUGAGCCACCACACCCUGCCCCUUCUUGCCCUUUCAUUUCUCCAUGACUGAUGUUGCUGUGGCCAUCCAGGGCCCUUGAGAUCCUUCCAGUUUGGCUGUUAUGCCAAGCAGGUGAUUUGUCUUAAUCAGAUAAAAGAUGCUUAGUAACUGGAGGCUAUGGGGGCCUUGAGAUUUUUGGAGAGCAGAGGUGGUCUCUGGCAAUUCCGUCUGGUUUUGAGAAACUGAGCGGCUCACAGAGAUCCUGUCUUCUUCCCACUAUCAGGCUGACCUAACGGGGUCGGGCUGCUCAGCACCUGCUUGGGCCACCUUGCCCCAAGGAAACCAGCCCUGGGUGCCGCACAGCCACUUAGGGUCUGCAGGGUGGGACUGCAGACCUAGAGCGCAAGUGUGGAUGCUGUGGCCCUGUGGCUUCUCCUAGUCUGGUCCAGCUAGGAGCAGAAGCUUCAGGCGUUUAUAAAGUGAGGUCUGGCUCUGUCUCCUCAGUUUUUUGUGGUUUUUUUUCCGUUUCUGUUUUUUUUUUUGAGAUGGAGUCUUUCUCUGUCGCCCAGGCUGGAGUGCAGUGGCGCAGUCUCAGCUCACUGCAACCUCCGUCUCCCAGGUACAAGAGAUUCUCCUGCCUCAGCCUCACGAGUAGCUGGCAUUACAGGCGUGUGCCACCACACCUGUCUAAUUUUUGUAUUUUUAGUAGAGACGGGGUUUCGCCAUGUUAGCCAGACUGGUCUGGAAUUCCUGACCUCAGGUGAUCCACCCGCCCCGGCUUCCCAAAGUUCUGAGAUUAUAGGCGUGAGCCACCAUGCCUGGCCUCUUCUCAGUCUUGAAGCCCAUCCCUGGAUUUCCACCGGGAGUUACUUUCCUCCUGACCUGUAAAUUUGUUCUUUAACAAUGGCUACAGGCGGGAGCAUAUGGUGGUUUAUAAAAACACUGUUGGGCUUUGUUUCCUUCUUUAACUGCCGUGUGUACUUCUGAAGUCUGGGAAGUGCCAAGCCAUGCGGCCUCAAGGGAGCUGGCUGGUGUUUGAGCUGUGGCAGAAGCACCUGGGGCUCCAGGGAGCAGGCUGGAGACUGUAGGACCUUGCUCAGCCAGGAGCACUUCCCCCUCCUUGAGGCAGGAAUCCGAGGUGCCUCCCCACAGAUGGAGAAGGUGGAGAGGAGGAUGGGCCUCAGGAGCGUCCCAAGCCCCAGCAGCAGGAGAAAGAAUGAAAGAGAUGCCUUGUUUUCAGAGACUGGUUCCUGUGGCUGGGAUGACUGCAUCUUUUUUUUUUUUUUUGAGACAGAGUUUUUGCUCUUGUUGCCCUGGCUGGAGUGCAAUGGCACGAUCUUAGCUCACUACAACCUCCACCUCCCAGAUUCAAGUGAUUCUCCUGCCUCAGCCUCCCGAGUAGCUGGGAUUACAGGUAUACGCACCUCCACGUCUGGCUAAUUUUGUAUUUUUCGUAGAGAUGGGAUUUCUCCAUGUUGGUCAGGCUGGUCUCAAACUCCCAACCUCAGGUGAUCCGCCCACCUCGGCCUCCCAAAGUGCUAGGAUUACAGGCCUGAGCCACCGCACUCAGCCAGACUGCGUCCUUUUUAAGCAAACGUUUUAGGGCCUGGGAGCUUGUCAAGUAAGGAAGUCUCAAGCCCACAGAGCAGCGUCCUGGCCACGGUGAUUUCAUUAUGAGCGCUCUGCCUAGGCAGAAGCCCCACGGCACCGGGAUCAUUCAUGAGGUCACUGCCCAGCUCAUGAUGUCCAUGAAGCUGCCCUGUUGGCUGGUAGCCGUGUAUAGCUGUGCGGCACAGACGGCUUCGUUCAUCCUGAUCGAGGCCCCACCUCAGCCACAGCAGUCCCCCCGACCUGUGUUGUCCACCCUGUUAUUCAUGUACCUGCCAGGCCCUGCUAGACAGCACCCUGUGGCAUUACAUAACACUUCAUGAGUGGCUGUGUCUUGUAAUUUUAGGGACAGGUUUCUCUCUUUCCCUCUUUUUUUUUUUUCAAGAGCCCAGAGACUGACAACCAGCUGCAGUGUCUAAGUGUUCCUCACUGACAGGGUGGGGCCUCGCCGCCCCUGGAGGGAGCAGCCUUGGCAAGGAGACAGGCUGGCCCAGUGACCCUGGGCCCAAGCCAGCCCCUCCAGGGCUUUCAGGGAAGCGCCAUCCAUUUUCAAAGAUGUCAGACGUCACUUCUUCCUGUAGGGCCCGAGUCCUGCCUCCUGUCAGGGCCAGACCAUGGAAGGCUAUUUUCUAUUCUGAGGAACUAUUGUAAUUUAAAUGAUUGUUUUAAUAAAAAUUCUAAGCUGGAAAAUA